AUGCCAGGGAGGACGGAUGUAGUCAACUUCCUCGGCGCUUGGAGCCAAUAAGUCAGCCUUGUUUAAAUAAAAUAAUUUACUCAACGCUGAAAUAAGGCCGUUUGAACAAAUUAUAAGAAGGAAAUUCAAUUUUCUCGUGUAUGUGAACCGGAGGAUUGGAGCCUGCAUCCACCCAAGUUCACAUUAAAAGAAAAACUUCGUCUUGGUUGGGUUUUUUGUUUCCACCUUUCGUUCCUUUCAUUGGAUGUGGAUGAGGAAUUCGAAACUGGAUAAAGACUCUGGAAAAAGACUUCCAACAGAUGAAGAUGGCGAGCUUAUGCCCGGAAACCAACGGAUUUGAAUUUAGACGGACUGUCUGGUUUGAAUUUUUGUUUAUUUUAUUGUAUAUAUUUGUGUAUAUAUUGCCGGCUAAAAUUGUAAAUAGUUAUAUAUUAAUAUAAUUAUUUUGUUACUCAUCUUGACUCCAGUUAUUUCAGUUACUAAACAUUAUUUUCCUUAUUGUAAUCUCCGAGAACCUAGUUCUCAGCCAAAUACGAUUGCAUUCACAACAGAACCCCGUCAUCUCGAAUCGGGAGUUACACCUAUCUGGAGCAAGGAGGGAAUGUUGGCGGACAAGGACUGUAGCGGCGAGAUAAGAUGGAUUUGCGGGAUGUUGAAGUGUGAAAGCCGCUGCCAAGUCUCGCUAUUGAACGCUAGCCCGCCUCAUUUAGUCAGAGAGAACUCCCAGGGAUGCGUUCGCUCAUCUGUACAGGUGUUGUUGACACCGACGCACUAUUUUUCCAGUGCCCACGUGACGUGUUUCCUUUUCUGUUUCCCCCCCUUGCUGCAAAUGCACAGCCAUUUUCACCAGAGCAACGCCCUUCGCUCCCUGCCAUUUUUCUGGAUUUGACUGAUUUUGCAAGGCCCACAGAAAAUUCUGUUCUAUUGAUAUAUAAACAUGGAACCCACCAAAAGAAAGAUUAGACUCACUUCUUUCACGACAAAGAAUACUUUCCUCAGCUCGCCUGUGAGCCGACCCUGCCUGGAAAAGGACUCGCGUCGGAGACCCAGGACGAGAUGAGCGAACAAUGGCUAUUCAGGAGGAAAAGAGGCUUAUAAAACAAUGAUCGACAUGCUCAAUGAUGUUCAUGUCUGGUGACUGGGCUGGCCAGUCCUGGAGGAUCUUGAGCUUCUUUGCCUUGAGGAACUUUGAGGUAGAGAUUGAGUUAUGCGAUGGAGCACCAUCCUGCUGCAGAAUUUGUCCCUUUUUAUGAUUUCUCGCACACCCCAUACUGGAUGUAAAUCCAGACCAUGAUUUUGCCACCACCAAACAUCACUGUUUUCUGAGAGAAUCUCGGAUCCAUGCGGGCUCCACAUCCAUCCUUUUAACAGGCUGUGGGCCUUGGCAAAUGCCACACGUUUUUUUAAUUGUCUGCACCCUGAGAGAUCUGCAGGCUGAAAUAUCAACUGUAAGUACUUCGAGAGGCUCUUCCUGGAAAAUUGGGCUCCACUUUCAAAACAAAACUGUUUUGCUUGAUGGCUGCACGUGGACACAAAUGAGCCUGACUGAGACGUGAUUUUGUCAUCUGUGUCCAGUGCAGACAAGUAAAAUCCCAACUUCAGCGAGGUUUUGAUGUGUGUGGAAUGGUUUUCCCGUCAUGGCGGCCGCGUGGGUGUCAGUGCUCUUCAUGCUGGCGGCCGCGAACGCCGCGGAAAACGACAAUGACAGGCGACCAUGUGCGAGCAUCCACGUUACCAGUUCAGUGGUGACCAUGGGUUCGCCCGUCAACGCCACCUGCAUCAUCGACACCAACUGCUUCGGCAUGGCCACUAUAAGCGGCAGCAUCGAAUGGCAGCUCGGUGACCAGGUCCUUCCCGGCAUUGUUUCACCAUCCAACGGGAGCAUCACAGCCUCUCAACUGGAAAUCCUCUCUUUCAACUACACGAGGGCCACCCUCACCUGCAGUAUCCGGGGCUCGCCCAGCCUGAUCGUCGCAGGGGUGCAAAUUCAGGCCGGAUAUCCACCCUCAGUACCACAGAAUUUGAGCUGUCAGACCAAUCUCUCCUUGCCUGAAAUCCUGACUUGUAAGUGGGAAGUAAACCAACCGGACACUGGCUUACCCACCAACUACACCCUCCACACACGGUUUUGGGAUUUGAAGUGGAACCACACUUACAAGAUACCGCCAGGGGCCCGCAGCUUCACCAUCCCUCGAAGCGGCUUUGUCUUCUUCACCGAUAUGGAAAUCUACGUGAAGGCAGUCAAUGAGCUCGGAGAGACAAACUCGGCGAGCCUCAUUCUGGAACCUGUCAGCUCAGCUAAAUUUGACCGGCCAGAGAUUGCAGAGCUACAAGCGUGGGGUUUUGGAUGCCUCAGGGUACAUUGGAAGUUUUACAAGGACCAGAACUGGAUCACUGAAUAUGUCAGUCUUGAGGUCCGACUCAAGACGGGGGAGAACAGCAUGUGGAACCAGCGACCAACCCUAAACCAGGUGCUGCCCAAAAGGCCUGUGUACCAGCACGGUCUUCUGCACGGGACACAGUACGUCGCCCAGAUCCGAGUUCGAUACCAGCAAAGCCCCUGGAGUGAAUGGAGCAAGAGCCAGUCAGCAGUCACCCAGGAAACCGCUCCUUCUGGAAGCCUCAACACAUGGAUGAGGGUUAUAGGGGAUCACACGAGCAAACAACUCAAUAUGCUCUUAUUUUGGAAGCCAUCGAAACGUUUCCGAGCUAAUAGCCGGAACGUAUCUUUCGUGGUCUCCUGGUUAAAAGAGUCGAGUUGGAAAGGCAAGCUGUGCGCUACGGCCUGGAAUCACUGCACCUUCCAGAUUCCAAGGAAUGCCAGGAAAGUGUAUCUCACAGCUCGGAAUCCUGCUGGGGAAUCUAACCCGACGUCUGUACGGAUCUACCAUCCGAAAGCUGGCAAAACCAUUUCAGAUAUUAGCGCUAGCACUGCUGAUGACCAGUCCGUGCUUGUCCUGUGGAAAAACAUGGUAUCAUCCACUCUGGUUGAUUAUGUAGUGGAAUGGAGACCUCUGUUGAACAGCGAUCUGUCUCUUGUUCAGUUUGAGACAGUGGGACGGAAUCUAUCGAGGCUUGCCAUAACAGGCAGCUUUGAGCCAUACAAGCCCUAUGGGAUCUCGGUGUAUCCCAGAUUUAAGGACGGAAUCGGCCCACCUCUCACUGUUAAUGCCUACUCACUGCAAAAGGCUCCAUCUGAGGUUCCCAAGAUAAGAAUAAAAAAGAACUGGUUGUACCAUGUUGAACUCACCUGGGAUGAAAUACCACUUGACCAGCAGAAUGGGAUUAUUAAAAGUUACAAACUGUAUUAUUGGGAUGAGACUGAGAAAGUGCACGCGGUGACAGGAGACCUACAAGAGCGCAAAGUGGUCCUGACGGGCCUUAGCUCCUCGUCUGUUUAUAGCGCUAUUUUGAUGGUUAGCACACAUGGCGGAAGCCGGAACGGGUCCACAGUUCAUUUUGACAUCAAAGAAAUGGAUCCUGUUGUUUCAGUGGUCAUGGCAGUGGGCAUUUUAACAGUUUUGUGUGUGGUGAUCAUUUUUGGGGUGAAGAUCUGUUACUCCAAAAAUAAUAAGCUUAAGAUGCAUUUUUGGCCCGACAUUCCUGAUCCUGCGAACAGCAGCAUUAAAAGCUGGACUUCCAAAUCCACACAGGAUAUACGAGCUUCACUGGACUUUGAGGAACCCAGUCCGAUCUACCUGUCCCACCUGAGCUUCCUGGAAAUCCCCAAGAAGCCCAACAAGGAAGAAGAAGUCACUGCUUGGUUGAACAACACGGAGGACACCAGCGACCUGGGAGAGUCCAUCUGCGGCUCGCCUUUAAUCCACGACUUUUCAUCAUCCAAUAGCGAUUCGGUGCCCUAUGCCACCGUCAUCUUCCCCUCUCAGCACCCUCACCAGUACUUGCGCUCCGAGUCCACGCAGCCCCUCCUGGAGUCAGAGGAGAUGCCGAGUCCAAAGUGUUACCAGAAUGUGGACGCGUCUGAAGGCUCAGAGUGCUUUUUUGGAUCGUGCGGGCCUGAAGAGGAAGCUAGCGUGGCUGCCAUUCAGUGGGAAGACUUUCCUUUUCUCAGCGCAUUAGCUAUGAAUGACUCUGAGUGAUUGAACUAUGUGAAAAUAGAGUGGUACCUCUACUUACGAGAUUAAUUGGUUUUGGGAGUAGUCUCGUAAACUGAAAAUUGCGUAGGUAGAGACAGAUUUUCCAUGUAAAUGCCCGAAUCCAUUUCAAGCAAGGGCGUUGGAUUGGUCUCAAUAUUGGUAGGGACGAUAUAAUAUCUAGAGCUGAAAGGAAUACUCGAGCAGCUCGAGUAACUCGAGUUUAAAAACUGGUCCGAGUAAUUUUAUUCACCUCGAGUAAUCGUUUAUUUUGACAGCUCUAAGCAUCACGUUUUGCUCGGACUACUUUUAUUGCGGGACAACGCGCUGAUGUCACGUGCGUAGAGGAAGAAGCAAAAAAAACCCCAAAAACUUACUUGCUGCCAACAGCCGCUACAAACGACGCCGACGUUGCUAAAUUCUAGCCCGCACGAUGCUACGUUGAUAGCGGGUAGCGUCUGAUGAGUCUCAUAGAGAUCACAUGUAUGUUGAACUAGAUGCGAAAUGACAGACUCGGCCGCGUCUGGGCAGCGUUAGUAAACAGCCGCCAUCUUAAAGCAGUAGAGCGUUAAGCGCUAAUAAAGAGCGCUAAGCGCUAAUAAAUAAGAUUAACAUUACUGUCACUAGCUCAUGAAACGUUAGCCCUGUGGGGGGCUAGGUUUCUAUUAAUUAUGACCACUUUCGAUGCGUGGCUAACGUGUCUUACAUACAGGCUUUAACAUAACAUAGUGUUGUGGAGUGAUGGGGGUGUAAAAUAAAAACUCAAUAAUGCUAACUAUCAAUUUUAGCUCGGUAGUCAUUGCUGGAUAAAACACCAAGAAGCACUGGUCCCUAAUGUGCUCCAAUACAGCCUGUAUCAUACAUUUAUUUUGAACACUGCAAAAACUCAAAAUCCUAUCAGGACUUACAGUUUAGACUAACUUAAAACUUAACUAGAACUUUAAAAUGGCUUGACACAAAUAGAAAUUCAUUUGAAACGUGGGGAAAAAAUCCUAACUUUUAAGUGAUGUGUGUUAUCAAGCGUAACAGCAUUUUUAGGUAUAUAUAUAUACUGUAUAUAUUUUUAAUAAGAUCUAAGGGUCUUUUAAGUGAAAGCAGUGAAUUAGUCUUUAUUUUUAUUCUAGUUACAUCUGAGAUGCAAUUGUUGGCUGUUUUCAACAAUAUGCAUCGAAAAUAAAGACAUUGACUGAAAAUGGCUCAAGAUUAGAUGAAAUGUCUUGUUUUCUCGUGUAUAUUUAUAAUUGCUUUUCACCUAAAAAUAUAUUUGUUUUAUCCGAUUACUCGAUUAAUCGAUAGAAUUUUCAGUCCAUUACUCGAUUACUAAAAUAUUCGAUAGCUGCAGCCCUAAUAACAUCAUAACCUGCAUGUACACGUUUUACUUUUCAGGUAAAGCACUACUGCAAGCACAGCCAAACUCAACAAAAAAUGAAAGCUGCUUUGGGCUGCUUUAAGACCACAUAAAUAAAAUAAAAAUGAAAAUUGGGGUGGAGGGGGUAAACCUUGGUUCACUACAUUUCUCACAGUUUAAUUAACGUUAACAGUAGAAAACACAUUCAGGAGGACACUCUCUAAGCAGCUAUCUACUCAAUUUUUGAACGUUCGUAAAAUUCACACAGUUUAAUGUUAUGCUAACGCUGAUACAGGUCCCACUUUUAGUAGCAAAAUUAGUGGUGUGUUCCCCACCUUCACAACAUUGAUGUCUUUUUGCAUUACUUACAGUAGCUGCCGCUGGCCGAAAAAAAACUUCUUAUACAGUGGGGAGAACAAGUAUUU